AUGGAGGCGCUCUUUGUUGGCGGAGGAGCGGAGCCCGGAGCUCCGGAGGGGGAGGCCGGGCUCCGCUCAGCUCCGCACGGCUCCACACGGCCCGGCACGGCCCGGCUCGGCUUGGUUAGAGCCGUGUCUGUCCAGAUGGAGAAAAUGCAGCCGAACCGGGUCAAAAUCACAGAUCUGAACGCGCACCUCACGUGUCCGCUGUGCGCCGGGUACCUGAUCGACGCCACCACCAUCGUAGAGUGCCUGCACUCCUGUAAGUCCGCAGACCCUCUGCACGAUCCGUUUUCUGGGGUUAUACUGACCGGAACCGGGCCCAAAAGCCCCGGGACGCAGAUCCCCGAUGGCCGACACCCGCCGGCCUCAGGGCACCGGUCCAGAUCCAGAAGUAACGAGAGGCCGCGGCCGGAGCUGGAGGGAGACAAGGUCAGUGAACGCACCAUGGCCAAAGGCAGGUCAGUGAACGCACCAUGGCCAAAGGCAGAUCAAUUGGCUGGUUUACUGUGA